AUUACUUUUGCAAAACCGCUACCUUUUCGGUCUGUGAAAGCCUGCUCUCGAAGAACUUAAGGGUCCCUAUACAAGGCUCUUAUCAUAACUUUCCUCAUGAAUUAUGCAGAUACAAAUCAAAAUCAUGGAGAUGGGAAAUUUCGAGGACCGAAUUCUCAAAAAAAUCAAAUACAAGCAGUUAACCGUAAUCAAUUGGAAGAGGGUUUCUUACGAAAGUUGAAUACAAAAUGUAGCCAAAGGGACAAUCACUCGUGCAUGAUGCUCAAAUUAAUCGUCUAUAUGAAUCGAAUAUUCAAAAAGUCAUCCAUUGACGUCAACGAAAAUGUCAAAGUUACCGAAAAUCGAGGAGUUGAUAUACCGGAUGAUCCUGAUGAGGAUACUCUGCUGGCUCGUGGAUUGCAGUCGGAUGACGAAACUUUGGGUCUUUUGGUUGCAGGCAAAAUAUGGCGUUUCAUUCGCAGUCGAACCCUUCGCUACAAAGUUACAGACAAUGCUGAAUUCAUUGUGACCACCGAACCGAAGGGAAAUAUCAAUUUAGGAUUGUCGGUGAGUCCGACAGAUGUUUUGGAGGAAGGUCGUGGAAAGAUGAAAAACAUGGGCCCUCUGAUGGCAAUGAUGGCCACUAAAAUGGGUAUCAUUGGUGCUGUGUUAAUCAAGGGCUUGAUUCUGCUCACCGGCAAGGCAUUGAUUGUGUCCAAGAUUGCAUUACUCUUGGCAGUAAUUAUUGCUCUAAAGAAAUUGCUAGGUCAAAAGCAUGUAUCGUAUGAGGCGCCUCAUCAUGAAACUUCAUCAGGUUGGGGUCGGGCAUUUGAUGGGUUUAUAGAUGGCUUUGCUGGUGUACCUGCUAAAAUGUUGGAUGUUCAGGAAAUGGCUUAUGCUGCUCAAAAACCAAAUCCAAUUUAAAUAAUUUGUUUUUCUUCUUUUAAUUUAUAAGCAUUUUGUUAGCGAGUGGUAGUGAAAAUAAUUUAAUUUCAUUUUUUCCUACUAAACUAUUUAUUUUUAGAUUUAAGAGUUGUUAUGUUUUUUUUUUAAUACAAACCAUGCCAUUUGUUAGAUAGGUAUACUUUGAGGCCCCUUUUUCCAUCCCUUCUACCACUGUGAUACAAUUUAAUACAAAAACAAAUAAAAUCAAACAGAACUAAUAGCAAUUAAAAAAAUA